CGACAGGACAGGACAGGCCGACUCCAUUCUCCCAGCAGACUAUCUGUACACACCCGACAAGCUUUUGCAUGCUGAACUGAACCAACGACGAUACGUACGUCCAACAAAAUCGCGUCCUUCUUUUUUUCCCUAAUAUAUUCCUACUCUCUCUUCGACUCUUCCUACCAUCACGAUAACAAGGGGGGCGAAAACAAGAGGCGCGUCCCAAAGCCAGCCCGCUGCGAUUGUGACCGACGGUCAAAGAAAAACAAACAAACACACGAGACCAGCGCGACUCGAGACGACCUUCGGUCGCGAUACAGUGGUGGACACUGCUGGGGGAGAGCCGCCGCCCGUCCGCCCGCCCCUGCGGCACGGAUUUGGCUUGACUGCAGAGAAGGGAAAGGGUCAAGGGGGAGAGAACUCAAGGCGCGCACGCGCGCCAGAGAGAGAGAGAGAGACGGAGAGACGGAGAGGGAAAAGCGCGAAGAAAACAGCCGCCCGAGGGCCGCAAGAGGGAACGACAACGACGGACGCGACCAUGGUCGAUGCGGGAGACGACGAUGCGCCGGCGCCUACAGUGGCCGGAGCGACGUACGACGCCGCGCAGCAAGGCGUGGAGGCGGCGCCGGCGCAAGGACGGCGACACACCCAAGGAGCCUCGGAGCAGCAGCAGCAACAACAACAGCAGCAGCAAGGAGGAGGAUCGCGUCGCCAGUCAGCCGCCGCCGCCGCCGCCAGCGACAGCAACACCAGGUCCCGGGAAGAAGAAAGAGUAGAAGAAAGGGUAGACGAAGGACACAAUCAAGAGCAGCAGCAGCAGCAGCAGAAUCAGGGCCCAGACUCGCCGCCGCUGCCGGCGCGGCACGCGGCCGCGGCGCCCGGCCCGCGCGCCUCGCGCCUGCACGACAUCUAUGCGCAGGCGCUCGGCCACACGCUGCGCCGGCUCGCCGCCUGGGACAGCUUCGCGGGCUGCUACCCGACGGUGGCGGCGCGCGCCGAGCCCAUCCUGCGUCAGGUGCAGGGCCAGAUGGUGGACAAGAUGCGCGAGAAGUGCGAGAAGGAAUUCGAAAACAUCCUCGCCGCGAGGCACGUCGUCCCCAGCCUGAACGAGCUCGAGAGCCUCAUCGCCGACGCUUCCUCCCGUCGCGCCGACGCAGCCUCCACCUCUGGCGACGACACCCCCAAGCCCACACCGCCGCACCUCCUCCCCCCCGAGGCCAUCCUCUCGGCGCACCUCGCCCCCGCCCUCGCCCCGCACCAGUCCCUCCUCAACGCCCGCCUGCAGACGUCGCAGGGCCGCAACGCCCUCCUCGCCGACGAGGUCCGCCGCCAGCGCGCAGACGUCGAGGCCCUGCUCGCCCGCCUAGAGGCCGCCGUCGAUGACGUCCGCGGCGCGAAUGCCGCCCUCGGCGCCGUCGCCGAGGACCUCGCCGCCGAGUCCAGGCUCGCCAAUGUUUGACAAGACCCGAUGCGUGGGGGUUCAGUGGGUGGCUGGAUGGAUGCUGGCGGCUGCUGUAUUGCGAAUGCUUAAAGGCUUAUUUAUUAUUCCUUUCCAGUGCGCCCAUCAACGUCACAUGAAGAGCGGCCUGUUUCUUCAUGCAUUGGAUUAUUGGCAGGGCGCUACCGCAGAGGCGAGCCGGAUCUAAUUGUCGGCACGCCCGACCCCGGUUGGUGUAACGCGAACGGGUUAUACAGUGUAGGACGGUUAUCACGAGAUUGCUACGGCUCUGCUACAGGGAAUUCGGCGUACAGCCGCAAAAGCCGUUCGGCUCGGGCGCGGAUUUAUACCCAGGACACAAUUUGAUUCACACAUCAUCACGCGACGUCGACCAUUGUCCCGGCUUCAAAUGCCUUCCUCAAGUGGUUUCCGUUUCGUCCUCUGAGCGGACCGCUCCUCCGGCCAAUACGAUACAGAUGCGGCGGCCACAGUGCCUGACCAUUGACGCACAGGUUUCUCCAGGAUCCAAUGCUGCUACAGAGGGGCCAACCCUGGUGUACAAACCGUACACGCGCAAGAACUCC